AUGUUGUUGGCGGUUCCCAAGCAGUUUCAUGGCCUUGAUUGGCCCUACGGGCCCACCUGAUGGCAAAACAGCGCGCCGCGUGACCUGUGCCCUUUGCGCGUUGGUACUUGUCAACGCCGGGAAGGCGAACUAUGUGGCCAACAACAUUAAGAAGGCGCAGAGGAUUGCCCAGAAGCAGGCGGCCAAGGGCGCGGUUGGUUAGGUGCCGGUGGGGGUUCGGCAACUAUGCUUGACUUGGUGGGAGGAAUGGCUGGAAUGGCGAGAGGAUGGAGGAAUGCGGACAGACAUUGUUGGGGGUUAACGUUGAACCAAUCCCGUAACGAAACAGUCGCGCGGCAUGGAUUGUUGGGGGGAGCCAGCUUUGCGUGAAACUUGGGGCAGAAUCAGGAAGGGGAGACAGGUCAGCACUGGGCACCUGCUGGAUCACCACCCAGUGUUGCCAAGUUGCGUGCCCCAAGGGCCAAGCCACUAAGGGUAUGUGUGUGUGCCAGACCCUUUGCCCCAAAACUUGGCUAGUGUGAUGGAGUCUCGGAUCAGUUGGAUGCCCCCAGUCAGCUGGACAGUGACAAUCGCUGGCGUGGGGUUGUAUAUUACUACUCCGU